AUGGCGGUCCACACCACCUCUGAUCGUCCCAGGAAACUCGCUGGGUAUGACUUCUACCACCAGAUCCUCGGUAGCCCAAAACUCAUCGUGGCGCCGAUGGUCGAUCAAAGUGAGCUGGCUUGGAGAAUCCUAUCUCGUCGAUACGGUGCCCAGCUUUGUUACACACCUAUGAUUAACGCCAAGAUGUUCUCUCCUCCUUCCGCACAUAUAUAUCGCGCACAGGCAUUCAACACUUCAUGUCUCGAGGAAGGCUCAACUACACACGACCGUCCGCUCAUCGUCCAGUUCUGCGCUAACAAUCCCUCACAGCUCCUCACGAGCGCACUCGCCGUACAGGACCACUGCGAUGCCAUAGAUAUUAAUCUCGGGUGCCCUCAGGAUAUCGCAAGGAAAGGACACUACGGGAGCUUCUUAAUGGACGAUUGGGAGCUGAUUCAUGACCUGAUCAACGUACUUCACGAAAACCUCUCCGUACCCGUCACCGCCAAAUUCCGAAUAUUCCCCUCCAUAGAACAAACAGUCGCCUAUGCCAAGAUGCUCGAAUCCGCAGGGGCACAGAUCCUCACUUGUCAUGGUCGCUUGCGGACACAACGCGGGCAAAACACGGGGCUCGCGGACUGGGCGCACAUCAAAGCUGUGAAGGAGGCCGUUGGCGUGCCUGUGUUCGCGAAUGGCAACAUUCUAUUCUAUGAAGACGUAGAGAAGUGCAUGAAAGAGACUGGCGUGGAUGGAGUGAUGAGCGCUGAGGGGCAGCUAUAUAACCCUGCCUUAUUCGCUCCUGCACCAUGUCGAAGUUCUUCAUCGACGCUGAGAGGCGCACACUUGCCCCAUGCGGAUCUUGCGCUUGAGUACUUGGAUAUUGUCAAGAGCCUCAAGACGCCAACAUCAACGAGCGCGGUUAAAGGGCAUAUGUUUAAAAUCAUGCAUCCCGCUCUGAAACGGGAGACGGAUCUGAGGGAGAGGUUGGGUCGGAUCAGAGGGUCGAAUGUUAUUGAGGAGUAUAUUGAGGUUGCGAGGGAGAUGAAGGAGCGCAUGGAGAGGGAUCCUGCGGAGGUGACGAAGGAGGGGAAGACAAUCGAUGAUUUGAUCACGAUUGAGCCUACGACAGGGCUUAGGGUGCUGCCGCAUUGGCUCUCCCAACCGUACUUCAGACCACUCAAGUCGCCGACAGAGGCCUCGAAACGAGCUUCUUCAAUAUCGAUAUCUCAAGAAGACGUGAAGCGGGCGAGGCUUUCCGGGGAAUCUACUACAGACGAUACUCUGUGA